AUGAAGAGGGAGAGGAAGAAGGAGAGGAAGAAGGAGAGGAAGAAGGAGAGGAAGAAGGAGAGGAAGAAGGAGAGGAAGAAGGAGAGGAAGAAGGAGAGGAAGAAGGGGAAGAAGGAGAGAUAUUAUAUAACUUAUAUAUCUAAUAUUUUUAAUUAUUUAAUAUAA